AUGGCGUUAGGUUCCCUCAAGUCAAUGCAUCGUCGCUUUGCACGGGACGCGAGAUUAGCGCGAUCAUAUCGAGAGUUUAUGGAGACAUAUAAGUCGCUCGGACAUAUGGAACGAGUGCCUUCAGAGGAGAUUGCCAACGCUUCGGCGUGGUACCUGCCUCAUCAUGCCGUUGUGCAGUGCUCGGGCACGGCGUGGAAAUUACGUGUAGUCUUUGACGCUUCUCGUCAGACAAAAGGAGGUUACUCCUUGAACCACUAUAUGAUGAAAGGUCCCUCGUUGCAGCGUGAUCUUGCAUUGAUAUUGCUGAAUUGGCGCAGAUAUCGAUUCGUGUUUACCACAGAUAUCGUGAAAAUGUUCAGACAGAUCGGGGUUGUGCCUGCCGAUCAGGAUUGUCAGAGGAUCGUGUGGUCCCCGGAUCCGGCGGUUGACCCUGUAGAUUCUCGAUUAACGACAGUUACGUAUGGCACUAACAGUGCUCCCUAUCUGGCGAUACGUACACUUUUGCAAUUGGCUCAAGACGAAGGAAGUAGGUUCCCGUUAGGGGCACGGUUAGUGUUGUGA